AUCACCUUUUUCAGUAUUUUUUUUUCGUAGACUAUAACAAAAAACUAUGGUAAAUUCUGCCAAAAGAACUGUAAAAAAAAGUUGAUAAAAUCCACUGUUAAAAGUUGUCGAAAUAGAUAAUAAUAAAAUCGGUAAUAAUAUCAACCUAAUUAUUGAACCUCAACGAGACAAAACGACAGCAUCUAAGAAAUAUGACAACACGUAGUUCAAAAGGAGGAGGCCGUGGUAAACGUUCAACUAACACGCCUGUUCGUUCAUCACCUCGAAUUGUACGAAGAUCUUCGUCUUAUCCAAACUCUGUAAACCGCCACUUUGUCAACGGAAUCCCCAUCUUGGAAAUUACACUCAGAUUCGACGAAGACGAAUAUGAUGUUUGGCGAAGACAAGAUACUGAUGAAGUAAAUCUUCAUUAUUUGUUACGUAUCAAAUAUCCUCGAGACGAAGACGAGCAAGCUUGGCAUGAUGAGCUAGAAAGACUUAAGAAAGAAGUGAGCGAUGUCAGAAUUAUUGAAGAAGGCUGGUUUGAAGGUGUUUGGGUUCCACUUGAAAAAGCAAAAGAUAUUGCCCAUAGAUAUAAUAUUUAUGAACAUGUUGCUGCUCUGCUGGAUUCAGAAAAUAGUUGGUUUGAUACACCAAAAAAGCAAAGUGCAAAAGUCAAGAGCGAACGUGCAAUGAAUCAAAUGAAUUCAAUGUUAAAUUCUAUGCCCGAAAUGUCGGCAGAAACCACAAACGGUACUUCUAAUAGUACUCGUUCAAUGAAUUAUGGUAUACCAAAUGGAACUGUCAAGUCGGAUAACGAGAGCAAGUCUAGUAAAAGACGAACAUCUGAAAGAAUUAAAGCUAAAUCUCAGUCCAGUCAAGAACCAUCACCAUCUGCCACAUCAACGAAACGUCUCAGAGAAAUUGAGAAUGAGCGGGAUGUGAAAGAAGAAGUUCAAAAUCUCAAGCGCAAAUUGGAUGAAACAGAAGAAUACUUGAACUAUGACGUAAAUAGUAAUAAGAGACGUGCUAUUUGGGCAGGAAUUGGUGCAGCCGUAGGUGCAGGAAUUACAGCAUUAGCCCUUCAUAAUAUGGGUAUAGGAUUGUCUGAUAUAGCAUCCGGGAUCUCUGAUUUCUCAUCUAAGUUCGCAGAAAUGUUUUGAUUAAAAGUUUUGUCUCGAUUAAAAUUUAUAGGCGUAAAAAAAAAAAUGUUCGGUUAUUCUCAUUAUUAAUUCAAAAUUUUUAUAAUAUCUUGAUAUUCCGAAUGUUCCUCUUCAAUUGACUGAUCAAUAUUCUUUUUUACUUCUAGAUGUUAGAUUUUUGAAGGAGGGAAUAAAUUUUUUUUACGUAUUGAUUAUAUUGAACUUAUUUGCAUAUAUCGAAGGAUUGCUGUUCAUAAACUAGAGAUAUAAAAUGAUGUCAAAUAACAAAGUAGACAUUUCAUUUUGCAAAUUUUGUAUAUUUUUUUUAUAUAUCUUCUUUUUUUUUUGCUUAUAUCUCUUUUUUCUUUGAUACAUCAAUCAUAUAUUAAUACAUCAUCAGUAAUCUUAAAAAUCAUUUAUUUACGUGAACGUUUUUAUAUACUAAAAAAUUAUUUAAUAUUCAUUAAUAUCUUCCG